AUGGAGUUUCGGCCCGAAUACGACCGCCCUCCCCGCGAGUUUUAUCAAAAUGUCGACUACCCAGACUAUCACGAUUACCGCGAUCUUGAACAUCGUUCCAACGAAUUUCUGAACUACGCUAGAAAUGAAUACCCGCAACAGCGAGCGCGCUCUUACACUAGACUUGAUCCUGAAUUUAUUCCUUCAGAAUUUCACAACAGCGGGCGCCCACUGGAGAAAUCGCUCCGGAGUAAAUCACUAGAUUAUCGCGAUGGUUUUCGUGAAGAGCCACAGUUCUUCGAUGAUCGCCGUGGCGUCAGCAUUCCAAUUCAUCGGGACCGAAACGAGAGAAACUAUAACUACGAGAGAGAUAUCUACACACCAUUCAUGAGGAACGAGGACAAGCGGAACGGACAGUUCGAUACUGCUGCCCGAAAUGGUUCUUAUCCACGUGAGUCUAAUAUUCAGAUGAAGAGAGUUCCGAGAGUGCUGACAAGAAGCAACGAAUGGUUGCCACGGCGCAAUAACGAUGACAGAUCACGUAAUCCUCGUGAUCUGUUCAAAACAGAGGGUUACUCUCCAAAAUCCGCAUCAUCGUCGAAACGACACAAUCUUAAUAUCUCAAUUGAUCCUGUACGUUCUCGACGCGACUACGGACGAUCAGACGAAUACACCGGCUAUGGUCGUGACAAUGGUCGUGAAAUGUAUCGCGAAGACGGGCGAUAUGUUGACGGUAACGUUCGUGGAAGUGCAGCUAAAUAUCAAGCUCAAUCUAAUUAUAACUAUGAGUCGCAUGGCGGUGGAGGAGGCAGUGGUGGUGGUGGUUUCGAAUCACCGCCCAGACGUAUACCGAUAACACAACAAUCCCAUGACGUUCGCCCAGGUACGCCACCUGACUUCUUUCGCCCAAUACGACACCAUCGGAUUAUGUGUUGUUGCUUCGACUUCACCUGGCCUCCGUGGAGCUAUGAGCCGACGGCACCGCCACAGCCGCUCUAUAGAAAUAUCUAG